GUGAAAGUGCCUCCAUCAAAGGAAAGUUAAUAAUAUAGUGUAGUCCCUAACUAUGACAAGUUAUUCACUAUGGAGUUGAUUCCUGUAAUUUUGCUGUUUUUUUGCACUGAUUUAGCACUGAACGUCAAAGAUCCAGAUUUAGUGUGCCCCUCUGAGCCAGUAGGGGCAGUAAAGAGUCAAGAUGUCAUUUUGCCAUGUCACCUGGAGCCACCGAUGGAUGCCUCAGCAGAAACAGUAAAGUGGAAGCAAGGGAAAAAUGUUGUACACCUUUAUCGAGGAGGAAAAAAUCAUCCCACAGAGCAAUAUGAGAGGUAUAGAGGGCGAACAUCUCUUUUCACCGAAGGACUGACUGAAGGAAAUCUGUCUCUUGCUCUGUCUUCAGUAAACUUGAAUGAUAAUGGAACAUACCAGUGCUCCCUCCAAACUGAAUCCCAGAAUAAAAUGUGUUACAUUAAUCUCAACGUUGAACCCUACCUAGUGUGCCCCACCAACCACAUUGAUGUGACAGCAGGUGACAAUGUCGUUCUGCCAUGUUACCUCGAUCCACCUGUGGACGCUUCAACCAAAACCAUUCUGUGGAAAUUCAGAAACAAAAUUCUACUCCAUUAUAAAAGUGGAGCACAUACGUUUGUAGAAGAUGAAGAACAGAUCUACCUUUUUAAUGAAGGACUGACAACAGGAAAUCUAUCCCUGAAACUCUCUCAGGUGUACUUCCAUGACAACGGAGAAUACAAGUGUUACUUUAUCACUAAACAUGUAAAAAGAAGUUGCUCAUUUAUCGUCACUGUUGGUGUUGCAGACGAGACAGAAAUUAUAGGCUCAGAGGAACCAGUCUCAGCAGAGGUCGGAGAUCAUGUUAUUCUGCCAUGUCAUGUGGAGCCCCCCAUCAGCCUGACCGAUCAAACAGUGGAAUGGAGUUUCAACAACUCUAAUGUGCAUGUUUACAGAAGUAAAAAAGAUGAUCCAGGAUCGCAAGAUGAGAGAUACAAAAACAGGACAUCUCUUUUCCAUGAGGAAUUAAUCCAUGGUAACAUGUCUCUCAAGCUGAUUAAUGUAACUAAAGAAGAUGCAGGAAAUUACACCUGUAUCAUUCCAAAGAUGGCUGUUAAAGGACAGAUGGGGAUGGUUACCCUGAAAGUUGUUUCAGAAGACAUGUGUUUUUGUCCAGUUCCACAUAACAAGGAUAAGGAUAAUGAAUUGUCCCAUUGCUGUUCACAUGAAGUGUGUAUUGCUUUGGGUGUCUUACUAUUGGUCUUACAACUUGUCUGCAUUGGCUUACCGGUAAUCAUUUUUUGUGUAGGAGCUAAAAAGAAGUGUGGACGUGCAGAACAAGUGGAAGCAAAUGAGAACCAUCUUGAGAAUUUCCCAACCAAUCAUGAUGAUGAGUCACCUGGCGCCAGCCCAGAGACAUAGCUCAACAUAAAUCAUCUUUAAGGCUUAAGCUGUAAAAUAUGCUGCCAAAUAACUCAGCUAUUCCUUUAUUUCUGCUAUCUGUGAUAAUAACAUUAUCCCUGAAUUAUUAAUUAAAUUAAUCUUAAUCACA